ACCGUUACUAUUUUACAGUACAAUUACUAUUUUAAAGUACCGUUACUAUUUUAUAAGUACCAUUACUAUUUUAUAAGUGCCAUUACUAUUUUAAAGUACCUACCAUUACUAUUUUAUAAGUACCAUUACUAUUUUAAAGUACCAUUACUAUUUUAUAAGUACCAUUACUAUUUUAUAACUACCAUUACUAUUUUAAAGUACAAUUACUAUUUUAAAGUACCGUUACUAUUUUAA